AUGCCGUUUCAGAUUGCAAGUUUAUUGGAAAAAAUGUCAUCAACAGAUAAGGAUUAUCGUUUCAUGGCUACAAAUGAUUUAAUUGUUGAGCUGCAGAAUGAUAGCAUCAAAUUGGACGAUGAAUCCGAACGAAGGAUGGUUAAUAUGAUCGUGAGGCUGUUAGAGGACAAGAAUGGUGAAGUACAAAAUUUGGCAGUGAAAUGCUUGGGACCACUUGUACAUAAAGUGAAAGAUACACAGGCUCAAGCAAUUUUUUCACAUCUUUGUGAAACAAUGAUUAAUGGUGAUGAGAAAUUGCGAGAUGUUUCCUCGAUUGCACUAAAGACUGCAGUUGCUGAAUUACCCGCUGCAACUUCCCCGUUAACGGUGGCAGUAAUCAAGCUGUUGGUACCACCACUUAAAGAUGCAUUAUCAGAUACGGAACGGGUCGAUAUCUCUGUGAAGCUCGAAAUAAUCGAUAUUAUAUCUGAUAUCCUAUCACGUUAUGGAUCAUUGUUUUCGCCAUAUUUGAGAGGGCUGCAGGAAGCUUUACUUCAACAGCUAUCUUCUGACCGUCAAGCUCUCCGCAAACGAUCUAUUAUGGCAUUAUCAAAUUUGUUGGCUCUCUCAGAUGUCACUCUUUAUGGAGAAACAAUGGACAUUAUCAUGCAACAUCUUACAGCACCCGGAGCAUCAACUACACAGUUUCGUACAAUGGUGCAAACAUGUCAGAGUAUUUGUAAAACAACCAGUCGCCGUUUUGUAAAACAUUUAUCGAGAUUAGUCCCGAUACUCGUGGAUUAUACUGUGGCAACUGAGGAUGACGAGCUUCGUGAAUCAUGCAUCCAAGCAUUCGAAACGUUUGUUUAUCGUUGUCCUCGCGAAAUAACGCCAUUUAUUCCGCAUAUUGUGGAGGUAGUUGUUAAUUAUUUGAAACAUGAUCCUAACUAUACCUACGAUGAUGAUGAAGAGAUGGAUAGCAUUUCGCAGAUGGAUGCUGAUGGUGAUACUGACGACGAUGAUGAUGAAGGAAACGAAUACUCGGAUGACGAUGAUAUGAGCUGGAAAGUACGCCGAGCAUGCGCUAAAUGCAUUGAGGCUCUUAUUUUAUCGCACCGUGACGAGAUUGUGAAAUAUUUGAGUUCAUUUGGUCCACUGUUGAUUAGUCGAUUCAAAGAACGCGAGGAUAACGUCAAGUGGGAUAUAAUGCAUGCCUACACGGCGUUGCUUUCACAGAUUCGCAAUUUAAUUCCUAACUUUUCAGCCAUUUGCGUCCCGGAGGAAAAUGGCGACAUAAAGAAAAACGCAUGUGGCGACGUGGAGACAGUUACUGUUAAAGGUGGUGUGUUGCUGCGAAAUGCUUUAAGCGUGGAACAACUUGAAACAUUACAGGCUUUGGAUUCACAGAUUCCUUUACUUGUCAAAGCAAUUAGUCGACUGCUAAGCACGAAGGCACUCAAAACGAAACAGUACUGUUUCGUUUUACUUACGCAUCUGUUGCGAGCAUAUCCGGGUGCACUUGGUGAUGAAAUACUUCACCUAACUGCCGGCGUAUCAAGUGCAAUGAAUGAUCGUUCCUUGAAUACAAAUGUAAAAAUUGACACGCUCACCUUCCUGUCAGGAGCACUAUGCACUCAUACACCAGAGAAAUUACAUGCAUAUAUGGAUGUGUUGGUGCCACUUAUUGUACGAGCUGUUAGUGAACAGUUUUACAAAGUUGCAGCAGAGGCAUUGACGGUUACAACAUCGCUGAUUCGUGUCUUGCGCCCAAGGACAUCCGAACAAGGCAAUUUCGAUUAUUCGCCAUAUGUGGAUAGUAUUUAUGAAGCAAUCAUUGGCAAACUAAAGGCUACCGAUAUAGAUCAGGAAGUGAAAGAAAAAGCAAUAACAGCAGCUGGCCUUCUUGUUUCAACUUUCGGUGAUUUUCUAGAAGACAAGCUUCCAACCUGUUUGCCUAUAUUUCUGGAUCGUUUGCGGAAUGAAAUGACACGGCUUGUUACGGUAAAAGCGCUUACAGUAAUUGUGAAUAGUCCUCUUUCAAUUUCACUGUAUUCUGUUUUGUCAGAUAUUUUGCUAUUACUGGCCGAGUAUUUGCGCAAGAAUCACAGAACUUUAAAGAUUUCGACAUUAAAUUUGCUGAAUUCUUUGGUGAUGAAUUACAAGUAUGGUGGCUUAGAUGGUAGUGAAAUGAUGAAAGUAUUGCAAGAAACACCUGCUUUGAUCUCUGAAUUGGAUCUGCAGAUCAGCCAGCUUACUCUUACUUUCCUUAGUCACCUAGUAAUUGCUCAGCCGGUAAUCAUAUCCUCUAGUUUGCCGGAUAUACUUGCGGCUUACGUGAAUCUCCUACAAAGUUCUCUGCUUCAGGGUGCUACCCUAACAGCUUCCUUGAAUUUUGUCCUAGCUGUGGUCCAGGCAGACAUACCUCGGAAACCAUCUUUCGAGGAAUUGCUGGAUCAACUGACUGCUCCGGCUUACGAUAACAGUUCCCUUCAUCGUCAGGCCUAUCGCUCUAUUUCCGCAUGUACUGCUGUUGUUGCUUCUGCAUCCGGUCAACUAAAUCGUUGUCGUAAUUUAGCAAAGAAAUUAUCAGAACAAAUAGUGUCAAGCGAAACAGCGGAUGGUGUACGACUCUUUUCUUUGCUUGCAAUCGGUGAAUUAGGCUGUACUUGUCCACGAACGUUCGAUAAGUUUUCACCAAAACCGGAAGAACUAUUAGUGAAUGCUUUCAAUACAACAUCAGAAGAGAUGAAAACAGCUGCAUCAUAUGCAUUGGGAAGGCUUGCCUUAGGAAAUCUCGAAAAGUAUCUCCCAUUUUUGCUCGAACAAAUCAACUCGCAACCAAAGCGCCAAUAUCUUCUGUUACAUGCUUUGAAAGAAGUAAUUGGUUCGGAAAGCGGUGAUUCCCGGGCUAUAGAGAUUUUUCGUCCAAGAAUUGAACAGAUUUGGCCCGUUUUGAUCACCCAUGCAACAGCUGCAGAGGAGGGCACCCGAAAUGUUGUCGCCGAAUGCCUCGGCAAAUUAUGUCUUGUCCAACCCGAACAGUUAUUGCAACGACUAAAGAAAUGUGUCAUUUCACCGAAUCCGUUUAUGCGUGCAACAGCAGUGACAGCAGUGAAAUUUUUAAUUGUUGAACAAUGGACAGCUGUUGAUGAUUUGCUGCAGUCAGCAAUGACUCAUUUCCUGCGGACCGUUACAGAUCAAGAUCUUAAUGUACGUCGAGUGGCAUUGGUAGCUUUCAAUUCUGCUGCUCAUAACAAACCCAGACUGAUCAGAGAUCUGCUGCCUGUCUUUCUGCCAUCAUUAUAUAAUGAAACAGUGGUUAAGAAAGAAUUGGUUCGUGAAGUAGAAAUGGGUCCAUUUAAACAUACAGUUGAUGAUGGACUUGAUCUGCGAAAGGCGGCUUUUGAAUGUAUGUAUACGUUGUUAGAAACAUGCUUGGAACGACUGGAUAUUUUUGAAUUCAUCACGCAUAUGGAAAAUGGACUGAAAGAUCAGCAUGAUAUCAAAUUGUUGACGUAUUUGAUGCUUGCACGUUUAGCUGUUUUAUGUCCUUCACAAGUGCUUCAACGGCUCGACAGUCUUUGCAAGCCAUUGAAGACUCAGAUACAAGCCAGAGCUAAAGCAAAUGCAGUGAAGCAGGAAAAUGACAAACAAGAUGAACUUCGAAGAGCGGCACUUAGAGUUGUUGUUGCUUUGCAGCGCAUCCCUGAAGCGGAUAGACAACAGCAGUUUGCUGAUCUUCUUGCUAUAAUUCGCAGUUCAAGUGAGAUAAAUACCGUUUAUCAGUUAGUGGAACGAGAUACAGUUCACCGCUUGUAUACUUCUGAUUCCGUGAUGGAAAUCGAAUGA